CGGCGGCGGCGGCAGCGAACAUCCAUAUUUCCCGCACGGUGGCGGAACGCCCGGAAAAGCGCCGGUCCUGGGAAACUGGGUGUGUGGGUGGAUUGCGACGACGGUCGUAACGUUGGUGGCGGCUUACGUCGGCGGUCGCGGGCAUUCCCCAAAUCAGAAACGAACAGGGGGGUGAAGCGUAAAGGUGUUCAGGCUGCCGGUAAAACAUCAAUAAGAUUUUGUCAAUGUAGUUUGUAGUUAGCAGCCGAGCGACCCAUGUUCAACGUCUGAACCGCAACAAGUGGAAAAGCAAGAAAAAAUGUGCCGAUCUUUCUGGAAAAUUUACAGUUUUUUACAAACUCUUCACAACCGAGAAACUUAACCGCAAAAGGAUGCCCAUCCAAUCCCUAUUUUUUCCGAACGAACCUGAAAUACCAACAGAAAAUUACUUGUGUUCAAUACCUGGAUUUAAUAGGACACUACAUUAUUUGAAAAAGCGAAAUGGGCCUCUUAGCCAUGGUGAUUUGAUAGGAUAGUUGCAUGGGAUAUGAGGACUGUAUUAGCAGUCUUAUGGGUCUGUGUUUUCGCAGAAACAAGAGAAACCUUCUUUAGGAGGCCGAGUGACUUAUCCUCGGAGAAGGAAAUAUUCAACAAUUUAGCAAGUAGCUCGCAAAUAAUGCUUCGAUCGACAAGAGGAGCGAGACAGUAUGAUAUUCCACAAAUAGAAUGUCCACCAGCGGUGGACGGUAUGGACAGGUUUGCCUGUCCCUCCCCGGAUCGACAAGGUCGAUACCACUGCAUUGAUGAUCACGUCCUAUGUGACGGUUUUAUUGACUGUCCUGCAGGUGAAGACGAAGACAGACAGGACUGUAUGUUUUAUAAAACGACUAAAGCGCACCUCGAUGUACUGGCUGAUGCCCUGCUCCAGUGGGCAAGAGGCCGUUAACACAGGCUACAAUGGCGAUAUGAGAGAGCCCUCGCUUGUCAGGUCCGUGAGCUCUCCUCUUAUCAAAAUCUACAUUCUACUGGCCUACACAGAGAGUAAAAAGACUAUGCAAGCUUUAGACCCCUGGUCGCACUGCCAGAUGUAAAUAGUAUAAAAAUUCAAGAAGAUGUAAAUAACCAAAGAAUCAAUAAAAACCUGCGGCAGUACUUUCAUUAGAUUAAUGUCAACCGAGCUGGAUGAAUGAUAUAUGGAAUUGAACAAUAUGAAUUUCAAUAGAAUCUGAUAAAUUUAUACUUCAUAUGCUUUUGUCUCGAAUAUUCAGGUUUUAUUUGAAA